AUGUCGCGUUACCUGUCUCAGGAUAGGCGAGGAGCAGACGGCAAUAUAGAAGGCGCGGGUUCUCUGUCUCGGUCCACUUCGACGAUAAGGAGUAUGGUGGACGCGAGUGAUGAUGAGGAAGAUGAGGAUAAUAUAAUAGGACCGCCGAAACUAAGCGAUUUUGGUUCCAAUUUGCUCAAUGAGAGUGCAAAUCAUAGUGGGACGUUUACCAAGUUUCGAGGUCUUGGUAUGGCGCACUCCCCGAGGGUGACCCAGCGGAUCGAUGGCCCAGGUGGUAAUAAUAUCGUAUCACACCGCAACGGGUCGUCGCCGUCCAGCUCUUCUAUCUUUGGGAGUACCGUUUACAACCCAGCUAGACCAUCCAGCAUGACUACAGUGAAUAACCUCAAACAUGAGGACAGUUCGAGGAUCAGCACGGUCAAGAAUGAUGUGCUGAACAGGACUCUGGAGAGAAGAAGACUUUCGAGAACCGCGUCGUCUCUAUCUAACCCACCCACGGUAAACAGCAUUGAUCUGAAGGACCACGAGGUAAAUAUCGAAAAGAUUAAACAAACCAUCAGAGAUGAAACCACCUCCAAACUACUAGAGCGGAGGGCCAAACGAUUUUUGAAUCUGGAGAGGAGGAAUAGACUGGGCCCAGCGAAGAGAACCUCAAUGACGUCGAGUCUUAUAACUUCUGAAAUGGACGAUUUAUUAAUACAGCGGGAUGCGAAGGGCGAGGUUGAACAACAAGAUAGAGAGAUGACUCCACAGGUGGACUACUCCAACAUUGUGUUUGGUGACCUAAACCCAUUCCAGUACGUUAACAAAUAUAACAUCCCCAUGGAGGAACUACCUCAAAUCUCAAAAGUUUACAUAGAGAAAAGGAAGGAGGAGAAUAGAAGGGUUGCAUUACGGAAACACUCAUCCUCUUCGUUAAACGUCGUGAGCAAUAGCAGCCAAUACUGGGCGAAUAAGGGCAAUUAUGACGACAAGUCUGAAGAGAACGAAAAACCUGUUGCCGAUCUUCUGGGUCCAGCCAUACGACAUUCCGACCAAACGGGCACGUCUGGGCCCUUACCGCCGAGGACACCGGUCCAAUUGAACGAGUCAAACCACAACGUAAUGAAACAGGAGCUACCGGCUCAUAACAAUGAAAACUAUAACGUUAAUAAGUUGAUCCGCAAAAGAGAAGUGCUUGCAAACUUGAACGUGAAUCAGAAAGAACCGGAGUUGAAAAAACCGAAAAAUAACUUGGAACAACUCGACAAACCGGCCAUCAUCAAACGCGUGGAGAUUCAGGAACCGAAACCUUCGAAGAAAAAUACAAGCAUUGUGAUCAAUAACGAAGAAUACGAGAAGAUCGAACUGCUGGGCAGUGGUGGCUCCUCCAAAGUUUACAAAGUAAGGGACUCCUCCAAGAAAGUGUUUGCACUCAAACGAGUGGCCAUAGACAUGUUCGAGGAGUCCUCCGUGGAAAGCUUCAAAGGUGAAAUUGCUCUUCUGGAAAAGUUGAAAAACCAGGAGAGGGUAGUUCAACUGUACAACUACGCGUUAGAAUCUAGCGUUCUCUACUUAAUCAUGGAGUGCGGUGAUUACGAUUUAUCUGUAAUGUUGCGCGAGAGACUGAACAAACCGUUGGAUACCGAGUUUGUCAGGUAUUACGCCAGAGAGAUUAGUCACUGUGUUAAAGUGGUGCAUGAUGUAGGUAUUGUGCACUCGGACUUGAAACCGGCUAACUUUAUUUUCGUCAAGGGCACGUUAAAGAUAAUUGAUUUUGGUAUCGCCAAUGCAGUCCCAGAACAUACCGUAAACAUUUACAGGGAAACACAGAUUGGUACACCCAACUACAUGGCACCAGAGGCACUCGUUGCAAUGAACUACACGAACGGGGAAUCCAAUGUGAGCAGAUGGAAAGUCGGUAAGCCUUCCGACGUCUGGUCCCUCGGCUGUAUCAUCUACCAAAUGGUGUAUGGCAAACCCCCCUAUGCAUCCUUUCAAGGUAACGACAGAAUACGUGCUAUAAUAAAACCCUCUGUGAAGAUCGAGUAUCCUAGCGUCAAGGAGGGCGUGACUGUUCCGAAUUCCAUCAUCGAACUAAUCAAAGUUUGUUUGAAUAGAGAUCCCAACAAGAGGGUCGAUGUUGACGGCAUGCUGAACAGCACUUUUUUGAGCCCCAUAUUGGUCUCAGAAGCCUUUGUCCGUGACUUAGUGAAAAACGCAGUAGAGUACGGUAUCAAGCAAGGCGACGUUUCCAUCACUACCAUCGAUGCAUUGGCGAACGAUGUGAUUGAGAAAUUAUCAGAGUAUAGAAUCUGA